AUGGGUAGGCCCCCUUUUCACCCACAGGUGCAGUUCAGUCUGCUGAUGUAUGCAUUGCAGCUUUGGUUGGCAAUGAACAUGGAAGAGUACAAUGAUGGCAAUGCAUUCAAGCUGAAGUACAUGAAGUGGGCAGACUUCAAGGCUGUUGUACUUGAUCUGAUCAGCCAGCAAUCUAAAUGGAAUGAGCUUGUUUGGAUGGACUGUAUAAUCAGAGGCAUUGACUACACAAUUGAUUUCUGGCAUGGUUCCAAUAUGGCCUUCAGAUGCAAAGGAAACCCAUAUGGCCUCGACAAGAUGGAACUGCACACAUACAAAAAUCACUUCACACUUCUCAGCUGUCAAGUACAGUUUUGGCCCCCACCCAAUCAGGUUUGGACUGCUGCUGUCAAGUGGGAGACCCUGGCACACCUGCAGGUGAUUUCAGCUAUCCACAGAUGGGUGGUACUGGAAAUGCAUAUCAUUAGCAAUGGGGACCCUAUCAAUGAUGCCUAUGUCCUGAAGUGGAGUCACAGUGACUGCAGCAAACAUGUGAUACUUCCAACUGCCCCAAAAUCAAGCCACACCUGGGCCCACCUCAAGAAUAACACAAACAAGGACUUGGAUGAGGUAUGGAUUGCCCAACAAUAUAUCCCAAGCCUGGUGUUCCUUGGGGAGUGGCAGAAGUUUUCUGUCAUUGGAGGAGAACUGGAUCUCGCCAACAGGAAGGAUGAGUUGCUAAGCAUUGCUGAAUGGAGGAAGAAGAUAGUGAAUCCACAAAGGGGAGAUAUUGAAACAAGACAGAGAGCAAUGGACGAGUUCAACAACUUUGUGCUAAAAGCCUGGGCAGAACUAGUCACAUGA